AUGGAGACCAGAGCAGGAACUCAGACCUACGUCUACCUGUGGACCGACAGGCAGUUCCAGCAGGAGCAGCUGGAGUGGGACGGCGUGAACAAGCUGCUGCAGCGCCGCGGGUUCAAGCCGGUUCUGUUCUCCGACCCGGUGGAGAACCGGAGCCUCGCAGACCUGGUCCUGCUGGACAGGAAGUCCUCCGGGGACGUGAGGGCCACGCUGAAGCUGAUGCUGACGGACUCGGAGAGGAGGCAGACGCUGAUCCAGGAGCUGGUGACGGCCAACAACCUCCUCAAAGAAGAGGCCCAGAAACACCUGGACCGAGCGGCUCAGCAGACCCGGAGAGUGGCGGAGCUGGAGAGUCUGCUGGACCAGGUGAAGACCAGAGUCCAGGACCUGGAGGACCGGUUCCUCUGCAACACGGUGCAGCUGCAGCAGGACGACAAGGACGCAAAGAGACGCUGCGAGUCCCUUGAGCAGAAGCUGUCGGCGCUGGAGGCCGAGGCGGCGGCGCUGCAGAGGAAGCUCUACUUCACGGUGAAGGAGGAGGAGCAGCGUCUGGCCCGGCAGACGCAGAGCUUCCAGAACAUCUGCAGGCGGGUCGGCCGGCAGGACUCUGAACCGGACCGGCAGGUGCUGGACGUCAUCGACUUCUACGAGACCAGAGUGGCCCGGCUGCAAGACCAACUCAGGACCGAUCAGCCUCCCAGACUCCCUGAAGGAGACGGUCCAGCUGAGCGGGUUCAGUCCGCCAGAGACCGGUCCCGGAGCUCCAGGGGCUCCCGGGGGUCCAAGAAGUGUGUCCUGUACCAUCAGCUGCUGACGGAGAUCCACGCCGUCGUCACCCGUCCCGGUUCUCCACCCAGACCCAGCAGACUCGGGGAACCGGACUCCCCAGACCUGGACCUGGACCUGGACCUGGACCAGUUCCGGGCCGUCCUGCCCACGCUGGAGGAUUGGUCCCAGCAGCUCCGCCUGCUGAAGGAUCUCCAGGUGAGGAUGCGGCGGUUGCUAGGCAACCUGUUGCCGAGCGACCUGUUGCCGUGGCAGCCGGCUGACGGAGACCCAGCAGACCCGGUGAAGGUGGAGGACCUGCUCCUGCUGGUGGACGUCCUGCUGGACAACACGUCCCCCGAUAAGCAGACCCCCAGGACCCCGACCCGGUUCUCCCUGGCCUCCAUGGUGUCCCACUUCCAGGUUCUGUUUGACGUCCCGACCCCCCGGGGGGUCGUCCCCCGCAUGACCCAGGUCUACACCCGGCUGGGGGAGCUGAGCACGGCCAUGCGGGCCCUCCGGGACCUGCUGGACCUGGACAGCAGAGCGUCUCCUGCCCAGGUGGUGGACCAGGUUUCUGCCCGGGUUUCCUCCCGGGUUUCCUCCCGGGUUUCUCCCCGACAACCCGACGCCCUGCUGGCCGACGCCCACAUCACCAGCAUCAUCACCAAGCUGCAGCAGCACGACCAGUUCCUGCCGGCGUUCCAGAACCUCGUCACCGACAUCCUGCAGGUUCUGGGAGUGAGCCGUCUGGACGACAUCCUUCCUGCUCUCAGGGCCCUGAAGGGACCGGGGGACCCGCUGUCCAGGUGA